AUCAGCGAAUACGAGUAGACUGACGAGUUAGAUGAGAUAUAUCUUGCGUCGCGACCGGUACGCGAGACCAGACGAGGAGACCGCGUGAUCAAGGUUGUAAUCAAGAAUGUCACAGAGCAUGCUGAUCGCUUCGCCAUUAUUAUUGUUGGUGUUAGUGUCGAUCCUGCUGCCGACACAUGGACGCGAUAUCGGAGAAGGAUGCAAUAUCGAUAAUUCACGCGAGCAAGGUAUAUGCAAGCUUCUGCGAGACUGUUCAGUUGUUUACCAGCAAUUGUUGGGUGGCAAAAUGCCGCAAAAUAUUUGCGGCUUUUCAGGUUUUGAUCCGAUAGUCUGUUGCCCGACAGAAGUACGUGCUACCACCAAACCACCACAAAGUACCGAAAUAAUUCAAACGGAAAUGGUGCGACCUUUGAAGCUGAAUGGCAGAGGUUCGUUAGCGCGAGCAAAAUGCGCGGAAGCCGCGGAAGCUGUCUAUGGCUUAGAAUUACCACCUAUUCCGAUCCCUCAUCGAAAACCCGUCAAUGUAUCGCGUUGCGCCCUAAAAUCGCGCAAAUUGAUCGUCGGUGGCGUCAAAGCCGAUCCGAAAGAAUUUCCGCAUAUGGCAGCCGUUGGUUUCACCGAUCCAGGAAGCCAGAAUAUCGCAUGGAAUUGUGGUGGUAGCUUGAUUUCCGCUAAGAUCGUUUUAACAGCGGCACAUUGCACUUGGAAUCCAAACUGGGGAAACGCGACAUGGGUGCGUGUUGGUGAUCUGAAUCUUGCGCAAACAAAUGACGACGCAAUGCCGCAAAAUAUUAAAAUCGCAGAAAGAAUAAAGCAUCCUGAGUACAAAGGUUUGUCAGUGUACAAUGAUAUAGCUAUACUACGAUUGGAAAAAGAAGCUACUUAUAAUGCCUGGGUGAGACCAGCAUGCCUUCCGAUUGAUUUGCCUGAUAUUGGCACGGAUAAUAAGGCCGUUGCUAGUGGAUGGGGUUUAGUUGAUUGGUCUGACGACACGGGUUCAGACAAUUUACUGAAAGUAACGCUCAAACUGGUCAAUCACACAACUUGCAAUUCGAGCAUUUCGGAUGGCAGCACUAGUGCACAGCUUCCAUUGGGCAUAGUCGACGAGUCGCAAAUAUGUGCGGGAGAAGAGGGAAAAGAUACUUGCCAAGGUGACAGUGGAGGACCACUCGCUAUCUUUAACAAGGAUCAUGAUUGCAUGUACAACAUAAUCGGAAUUACUAGCGUUGGACGACUCUGCGGCAGCUUCAUACCUGGCGUGUACACUCGAGUCUACAAUUACAUCCCCUGGAUAGAGAGAGCCGCGUGGCCGGAAUACUUUUUAAACAAUUAAUUUAAAAUUACUUUUUU